UGUUUUUGAAACUGGAAAAGAACAAAAAGCCCACAGAGAGAGAGAGAGUUAGAAGACCGACAGUCCACUCUUUAAGAGGAUAGAGCGAGCUGAGGCUAACACUGUUGCAAAGAAACCAUGGCCAAACCAAUCUCCAUAGAAGUAUGGAAUCCGAGUGGGAAGUACAGAAUUGUGAGCACCAAGUCGAUGCCUGGCACCCGUUGGAUUCGCCUCUUGACUGAACAGGACUGCAGGGUUGAGAUAUGCACAGAGAAGAAAACCAUCUUGUCCGUGGAGGACAUACUCGCUCUGAUCGGCAACAAGUGCGAUGGAGUUAUUGGACAGUUGACGGAAGACUGGGGUGAAACACUCUUCUCUGCACUGAGGAGAGCAGGUGGAAAAGCGUUUAGCAACAUGGCUGUUGGAUAUAACAACGUUGAUGUGAAUGCGGCUAAUAAGAAUGGAAUUGCAGUCGGAAACACACCUGGUGUUCUUACUGAGACAACAGCAGAGUUAGCAGCUGCAUUAUCGUUAUCAGCCUCCAGGAGAAUAGCGGAAGCCGACCAAUUUAUGAGGGCUGGUUUAUAUGACGGAUGGCUGCCUCAUCUGUUUGUGGGCAAUUUGCUUAAGGGGCAAACGGUUGGUGUUAUUGGAGCUGGGCGCAUUGGAUCGGCAUAUGCACGAAUGAUGGUUGAAGGAUACAAGAUGAAUCUGAUAUAUUACGAUCUGUAUCAGGCGACUAGACUUGAGAAAUUUGUAACUGCUUAUGGAGAGUUCCUAAAAGCUAAUGGGGAGCAGCCAGUUACAUGGAGGAGGGCCUCCAGCAUGCAUGAAGUUCUGAGGGAAGCUGAUGUCAUAAGUCUGCAUCCUGUUUUGGACAAGACUACUUAUCAUCUGAUCAAUAAGGAGAGUCUCUCAUUCAUGAAGAAGGAUGCUAUUCUGGUAAAUGCAAGCAGAGGUCCUGUCAUUGAUGAAGCUGCGCUUGUUGAACAUCUGAAAGCAAAUCCCAUGUUUCGAGUCGGUCUGGAUGUCUUUGAGGAUGAGCCUUACAUGAAACCAGGUCUAGCAGAACUGAAAAAUGCAAUUGUUGUCCCCCAUAUAGCAUCUGCUUCCAAGUGGACUCGAGAAGGAAUGGCGACACUUGCAGCUCUCAAUGUGUUGGGGAGGAUCAAAGGGUACCCAUCCUGGCCAAACCCAAACCUGGUUGAACCUUUCUUAGACGAAAAUUCUGCCCCACCACCUGCUUGUCCCAGCAUUGUCAAUGCAAAAGAUAUAGGCUUGCCGGUUGCAAAGCUCUAAUCUGGAGUCCUGUAUUCAUGAAGAAUGAAUUUGGGGCCUGAGAAAAUAUGUAAUCAGUUAUAUUUGCAAGGAAACUUGGUGAAAAUUUUUCCGGACAGUGUACGUGGGCUCUGGGCGAAGGAAGAUGAGACGUCAGCGUUGUUUCUGGAUGAAAACUGGAUAUUCUGCAAAAGAUCAAGUGAUUCGAUGAUGUUAAUCUUUUUUCUGCCUUCACUAUUAGAAUAAUAUCAAAUGUAUGCUUCUCACUAGGAAGUGAAAUAAAAUUCUGCUGCACUUGUGAGGCAGUAGUUCUCUUUAA